AUUAGAGAAAGGAAUGAAAACAGCCUCUCAACGACCACUUCUCUAUCUCUCUUCAUAGAAAGUUGAAAACAGAAAUCAAAUGAAAAUGGAGGGAGAGGCUAGGACAGCUGCCGCAGAUUGCAUUUCGUUAUCAACCAAAACGUUCCCCACCACCUUUCCACUACAUCACCCAAAGGUAAGCAAGCAACACCAACUUCUUCUUUCAUUGCUUUUCCUUUUUCUUCAAGUACAUCUCUCCUCCCUCCCUCCCUCUACCUUACCUUGCUCAAUGCGUACUCAUGAGACCAUUCUCUUGAUAUCAACUCUUCUCUUUUUGCAUACUCUUAUUUUAUAAUAUUUUCUAUUUUCAUCAUAUUUUUUACUUUGGCAAGCACUCUCAGAGUUUACCCAAAUUUGCGCCCACUUCCAUCAAGGGAUCAGUGGCAUCAAGAUACAUCUCUUAUUCUUAACGUUUCCAUGAAACAUUCUCGUUAUCCAGUUUUCUAUUCCAGAUAAAACAGUUCAUUUAAAUCCUGAAAACAGCAAGUUAAUUAAUUCUACCAAAGAAAAGCCGGUAUGCCUUUUGGGUUGGUCUCUGCGUGGAACAAGCGCAGGAGAAGCAAGUCCCAAGAUCACACAGAUCCCUGUAUGUUCAUUGCUGCUUCAUGUUCUUUUAACCUAUUAGUAGUUUCAUGGUUUGAAUAUGUAUCUACCUUCUUUUCAGGGGUUUACAAACCUGUGGAGCUUUGGCAACUGGAGGAUCAAACUCCCCACACCACAAAAAGACACCAUGGAUCUUCAGUUUUCACACUCAAGGAAAUGGAGGAGGCAACUUGCUCUUUUAGUGAUGAACAAAUGCUUGGGAAAGGAGGAUUUGGUAGAGUUUACCGGGGCACUCUGCGCUCAGGAGAGGUUGUAGCAAUCAAGAAAAUGGAGUUGCCACCAUUUAAAGAAGCUGAAGGAGAACGAGAGUUUCGUGUGGAAGUUGAUAUAUUGAGCAGGCUCAACCACCCAAAUCUGGUAUCCUUGAUAGGAUAUUGUGCUGAUGGAAAGCACAGGUUUCUAGUGUAUGAAUAUCUGCAAAAUGGGAAUCUGCAAGAUCACUUAAAUGGAAUUGGGGAUGCGAAAAUGGAUUGGCCCUUGAGGCUGAAAGUGGCACUUGGAGCAGCAAGGGGACUGGCUUAUCUCCAUUCCAGUUCUGCAGUUGGGAUACCAAUAGUUCACAGAGAUUUUAAAUCCACGAAUGUUCUCCUAAAUGCCAAUUUUGAUGCCAAGAUUUCUGAUUUUGGGCUUGCUAAGUUGAUGCCAGAGGGCCAGGAGACAUAUGUAACAGCUAUGGUUCUGGGCACAUUUGGUUAUUUUGACCCAGAGUAUACAUCGACAGGGAAACUCACUUUACAAAGUGAUGUUUAUGCAUUUGGAGUGGUUCUUCUUGAGCUUUUGACAGGACGCAGAGCUGUAGACUUAAGCCAGGGGCCAACUGAUCAAAACCUUGUACUACAGGUUAGGCAUAUAUUGAAUGAUCGGAAGAAGUUACGCAAGGUGAUAGAUCCAGAGCUAAGUCGGAGUUUGUACACAAUGGAAUCUAUAGCCACGUUCGCAAACCUGGCAUCACGAUGUGUUCGUGUUGAGAGCAGUGAGAGGCCCUCCAUGAUUGAAUGUGUAAAGGAACUUCAAAUGAUAAUAUAUACAAAUUCAAAAGCCUUGGGCACAGCAUUGCAGACAUUCAAAAUGGUCAAAUAGCUCCUGAUAAAUUAUCAGCAGCCAGAAACUGUAUUACACCAUUAAUAAAUGCGCUUUAUUUUC